GGAGGCAGCCUGGGAGGUGACUGUCACACUGGGGCUCUCCUAAAGCAAAGCUGGUGGGAGGAAUGGAGCCCUGGUGCCCCGGAUAAAGGCAGGGCUGCGACAAAUCAGCUGAGGAGGGACAGCUGCACAGGGCCCGUCAGGGGCAGACCCACAAUGAAUCCACUACAGGAAGUCAUAUUCUGCCGCCAGUUUGGCAACCAGCACCGGGUCCCAAAGCCCUACUACCGGAGGAAAACCUACUUGUGCUACCAGCUGAAGCUGCCCGAAGGCACCCUAAUUCACAAAGACUGCCUUCGAAAUAAGAAAAAGCGCCAUGCGGAAAUGUGCUUUAUUGACAAGAUCAAGGCACUGACGCGGGACACAUCCCAGAGAUUCGAAAUCAUCUGCUAUAUCACAUGGAGCCCCUGCCCCUUCUGUGCCGAGGAACUGGUUGCGUUUGUCAAAGACAACCCCCACCUCAGCCUGCGGAUCUUUGCCUCCCGCCUGUACGUCCACUGGCGCUGGAAGUAUCAGCAGGGGCUGAGACACCUGCACGCAUCCGGGAUCCCAGUGGCUGUCAUGAGCCUCCCAGAGUUUGAGGACUGCUGGAGGAAUUUUGUGGACCACCAGGACAGGUCGUUCCAGCCCUGGCCCAACCUGGACCAAUACAGUAAAAGCAUAAAACGUAGGCUCGGGAAGAUCCUGACGCCCCUGAAUGAUUUAAGGAAUGACUUCAGAAAUUUGAAACUUGAAUGACCAUCAACCCUCCCCCCGCCACCCACCCUGUUCCUGCAGCAUCUCAAUGCUUCAUAAACUGC